CCCAGGGUCUCACGGAGGAGCGGUCACCGGCUGUGGAGCCAGCGCGGCCCAGGCCUAGCGCCGGGUGCGGAGCCGGAAGCACAAACGGAAGAGCCGAGCCGAGCCGGCCGGCCAGCUGUAGCCGGAGCAGAUUAGCAUAAAAUGGCAGACCAGAGACAGCGUUCACUUUCUACCUCUGGAGAAUCAUUGUACCAUGUUCUUGGGUUGGACAAGAAUGCAACCUCAGAUGAUAUAAAAAAAUCAUAUAGAAAGCUUGCACUGAAAUAUCAUCCUGACAAGAAUCCAGAUAACCCAGAAGCUGCAGACAAAUUUAAAGAGAUCAACAACGCACAUGCAAUAUUAACUGAUGCCACAAAACGAAAUAUAUAUGACAAGUAUGGCUCGUUGGGCCUUUAUGUAGCUGAGCAGUUUGGAGAGGAGAACGUGAACACCUAUUUUGUGCUGUCCAGCUGGUGGGCAAAGGCCCUAUUUUUAUUUUGUGGGAUCAUUACUGGCUGCUACUGUUGCUGCUGUUUGUGCUGUUGCUUUAACUGCUGCUGUGGAAAGUGUAAACCUAAACCUCCUGAAGGUGAUGACCAAGAAUACUAUGUCUCCCCAGAGGACUUGGAGGCACAGUUACAGUCUGACGAGAGGGAGGCCACAGACACACCUAUUGUGAUACAACCAGCAUCAGCCACAGAGACCACCCAGCUCACAACUGACUCCCACCCCAGCUACCAUACUGAUGGAUUUAACUAAGUUAAGAAAACACUGUAAUUAGAAUGGAUAAAUCAGUACCUGGCCAAUCAACAUUAGAAUCAUGAACAGUAGAAAUAGAGAUCGGGGAGGGAACAACUCCUGCCACAGGGAAAGGGCAGACACUGACCUGCCAAGAAUAUUUUGUAAUCCCUUCAGCCUUUUCUGUCACCUUCAGUGUCGUAUCUUGAUGAUACAUGAAGUGCUGUAGCAUGCAGUAUUUAAAGCAGUUUAGCUACGGUCUUCCUUUCUUCUUCUUUUUUUUUUUUAAUCGCAUGUAUGAGGUUAUGUUUUAUGUAUGUCUGUUGUAAAUGUAUCGAGGAGUUACUGCAUUAAAUGAAUAAUGGAA